AUGGGUUGCAGUGUAACCAAAGUGGACAUACAUUUGGAUCGGCCGGGUAUUGACUACCGGCCCAACGAUACCGUUAGUGGCCAGUGUUUAGUAUAUACUGAUAGCCCGAUAUCGUUGUCGGAACUAUCGGUCAAAUUGAAAGGCGAAGCCCGAUGCGAGUGGUCAGAGGACCGGCAGAUUAGCGAUGGCCAGGACUCGGAUGGCCAACCGAUUACUCGGACGGAAACUGUUUACUAUACGGCCAACUAUUUGUGUGUUAAGCUCAAGUAUUAUCCGGGAAACGUAAAUCCAUCGACACUAAGCCCGGGUCAGCAUAACAUUGGCUUUUCAUUUCUAUUGCCGGCCGGUGGCCUUCCGUCAACAUUUAAGGGCCAAUACGGUUAUAUCGGGUACUGGAUUGAGGCCCGUAUCAGGAAUCCCGACUGUUGUGGCAGUGAUGGCCGGUCACGGGUACCCAUAGUUGUCAACUCACCGGCACUAUCGUCCAUACAGGAGCUGUCGCAACCGGUAGUCAACAGUAACCAGAAAACUGUUGGCCUAAUCAAUGGUAAGCCAUUGUUUAUGAAAUGCCAAAUCGAUAGUACGGGUCAUACUAUCGGUACAAACAUUUCCAUCCAUUGUUUUAUUGACAAUCAAUCGGAUAAACCGAUGACAUUGAAAGCUCAGCUCCGACAGGACGUAACAUACUAUGCAACCGGUGAUCAACGAAAAUCUAGUGAGAAGUUGGCCCGAUAUGUUGGGCCGACUAUCGGUCCCCGACAGCUGACUACCGAAACAAUGAAUUUGUUAGUACCGGUGACGGCACCGGUAGUACACAAUACUUGUCCAAUAAUUCAUGUAAAAUACCUAAUAGUGUUGACACUAUGGAUACCCGGUUCGUUUGAUUUGCACUGUAAACUACCCGUUAUACUAACCCAAUGA